AUGAUUAAAAUAUUCUUCUACUUUAGUCAAUCCACUAAAUAGAUUGAAAGAAUUCAUAAACUUACAUCAAUUGUUCCAUCUUAUGCUAAUUUUAAAAAGAUGAAUAUCUCUAUGGAUGAAUCACUUAUAGCUUUUGAUCAUCUUCAAGUAUUCAAUCAAAUUUAUUUAGACUAUUCAUUCAAGUUAAUCAGCUAAAUUUGUUAAUAAUUUACUCACUUAUGUUCGUAAAGUACAUAAUAGAGCUAUUUUAAGAUCAAGAUAAAACUUAAUUUUUCAUAUUCUUGAUAAUUUAUCUGAAUCAGACCAUGAAAGUCUUCCUGCAUUGAUGGCUAAUAUCACUUAUACUUAAGAUCCAGAAUUAUAUAUAAGUAAAGCUUGUGAUUUACUUAUCAAAAAAUCAUCUGAAAUGAAUAUCAAAGCACUCUCUAAUUGUACAUAUUCAAUUGCUAAAAUUGCAAGAAAAAAUAUUUAAAUGGAUCUUAAAACAGAAAAACUCAUAGCAUAUAAUGCUGCUUAAUUAACAUUAAAAACUUUAAUGCCAAUAAUAUAAUUAAAAAUAUCAGAUUGCGACGAUCAAUAAAUAAUAAUGGAGACGUUAGUAGCUUAUUAAAAAUUAGAAAUUUAUGAUAUGCAUGAUUUUCUUUAUGAAUUGUUAAGUAAAAUUAAAUUCAAUUAUUUUGGAAGAGUUGAAGCAUAAAUUAUUCAUACUAUAUCUAAAUCUGAUAUAGAAUCUCCUACUAAGCAUGAAGUAAUUAGAUCAAUUUAUAAUUGUUUUGAAGAUAGUGUUCAUUAAAAGAGAUUAAAUUUGUAAUCAAUGAUUGUUGGAUUACAUGCAUUAUAAAAUACUGCAACAAAAGAUUUAGUUGAAAAGUGUAUGGAAUUAUAUUGUGAGGAAUAUAAGUCUGCAAAUAUUCAAGAUUUAUGCAUGAUGACAAGUGUGUUAUUCAAAAAGGGAAUAAUGUCAGGAAAUUAUUCUAGAUAAUUGACAUAGUCUUAUGAAGCUCUAAAAUUAAGCAUAGAUAUAAAUGUUAUAAUGUAUUUGAUACCAAAUAUGUCAACAAUGAUUAAUCUUAAAUUUUUAGACAAGAAAUUCAUAAAUCAAUUUUUGAUCAGUGUUAAAGUACUUUAAUAUAUAGAUAAAUUAGAUUUUAAAUGAGAGAGGUAAAAUAAAUAGAAAUUUCUAUGAGAACUUUAAGAGAGAAACUUAAGAGAUUGAAAAUGAAGAGAUUAAGGAUAAAUUCAAAUAAAUACUUCAUUUAAUAAAUAGAAAAUGA